AUGCAUACUCGUAAUUUGGUUGGCUUCCCGUCCGGCUGGUUUUAUAUAAAAUCAGUAUGUUCGAAUAAAGUUCUUGAUGUAUGUUUCGCCUCGACAGAACCAGGGGCCGAAGUCAUAAUGUACCAUCUAAAAAAACUCGAUGAGGGACUUAUUGACAAUCAACUUUGGCGGCACGAAGCUGGCUAUUUGAUUAAUAAGCGAAGCGGAAUGUGUUUGGACAUAACUGGAGGUCGCCUUGCGCUAAUGUCAAGAAUUUGUCAGUCACCUCGUAAACCAAAUAAUAAACCUCACAAUCAACGAUGGAUAUACACCAAAGACUAUAAAAUUGCUUCGAUGGAUAAUGAAGAUAUGGUUUUGGAUAUUGAAAAUUGUUCCACAGAAGAUUUCGCCAGCGUGAUUUUGUAUUCUCGCAAGUCGGAACUGGAAGAUCAUGAAAACCAACAAUGGGUGUUCAUACCGGCAGGAUUGGCGGUCGUACUACUACGAUGA